AAAUUUUCUAGAAUAUUUGGCAAUUGUUAUCUGGUUGUGUUUAUAUAUGAGCUUCUUGCACAAGUUUUGGCGCUUACCUUACCUUGUUAACAGUAGUUAAGCUCUGAUCUACUCAAAAUUAGUGGGUUUCUUUCAGAUGGGUAGCUAUUAUGGUUCAUCAACUACUAGAGGUUUAACGAAAAAUCAACUUGGUGGUGUAAUUUUCGGUACCAAUAAAACAACAAUCAAAGAAUGCCUUUGCAAGAAACUCUUCGGUUUACCAAGUUCCCACUUUGUGUAUGUGAAAAAAAUCGACCCCGGUCUACCUGUGUUUCUUUUCAACUAUAGCGAUAGAACACUAUCUGGGAUCUUUGAAGCUGUAAGCUCGGGUCAAAUGAACAUUGACCCGUGUGCUUGGACUUGUGAAGGUUACAAAACACCAUUCCCGGCUCAGGUUCAAAUACGAGUGAAGCUGCAAUGUAAAGCAUUAACCGAGAAUCAAUUUAGGCCCCUAAUUAACGACAACUAUCAUACUUCGAAUCAUUUCUGGUUUGAGUUAGACCAUGCCCAAACAAAUAGUCUGUUGUUCUUAUUGGCAUCUCAAGCAUUGUCUUGUCCACGCACAACACUUACUGCUGAAUGUAAAGAUAAGCUUGUUGUGAACAACAACACUAUGGAGAAGAAGAAGAAGGGCCCCAGAAACUACCCCAUGAUAGAUAAGCUAAUUGAAAAACUUGAAGAGUUGAUGGCAUUUAAAGUGGCGCAGAAGGACACGAAUAAUCAUGUGGAACAGAAGAUCAAUUUUUUGGAGCAGAAUUUGGCUAAAGCACAAGCAAACAUCAAGAACCUACAAGGCCUGUGUAUCGUGCCAGAGUUAGAAACUUGUGUGGGCCCAUAUGAAAACAAGGAUAUAAAAUCAAAUGAAACUUGUUUAGAUGAUGAUCAGAUACUUUUGGUGGGAGGAUAUGAUGGAGGAUCAUGGUUGUCAUCAUUGGAUUGUUACUUGCCUUCACAGAAUCUCACUAAAUCUCUUAGUUCCAUGAGUACUGAAAGAUGCUAUGGAGCCGUUUCAAAGUUAGAUGAUGAGCUUUUCGUGUUUGGUGGUGGGACCUGUGGUCAAUGGUUCGAUACAGUUGAAUCUUAUAAUCCAGCAGCGGAUCAGUGGACAACUUGCCCUCCUCUAAACAGGAAAAAUGGGAACCUUGCAGGAGCCACGGUGAAUGAUAAAAUUUAUGCACUCGGUGGUGGGAAUGAUGCAGAUUGCUAUUCAACUGUAGAGAUGUUGGAUUUUGAUGUUGGCGCGUGGAUUCCAGCACGCUCCAUGCUUGAAAAGCGGUUUGCUUUAGGUGCAGCUGAGCUCAAUGGGGCACUUUAUGCUGUUGGUGGCUUUGACGGGACAUACUAUCUGCGGACUGCUGAACGAUUUGAUCCAAGAGAAGGUUUCUGGAAGAAAACUGAGAGCAUGAGUACAAUGAGGGGAUGUUCAUCAAUGGUCGUUUUGAAUGAAAAACUGUAUGUUUUAGGAGGCUAUGACGGUAACGCAAUGGUUUCAACCGUAGAAAUAUAUGAUCCACGACGUGGAUCAUGGGUGUUUGGAGAGCCAAUGAACAUUCCUCGGGGAUAUUCGGCUGCAGCAGUGGCUAAAGAUUCGAUUUACAUUAUUGGAGGGCUCAAAAGUGGUGAUGAAAUUAAUGAUACUGUUGAAUGCUAUAAGGAAGGUCGAGGCUGGGAAAUGACAAAAACCAAUGAUGCGUAUCGAAGGUGCUUUUUAUCCGCUAUGGCUCUAUGAACAAGUGAAGGCUAAAUGUCAAUAAAUAUUAUGAAAAAUUAUUUUCAAGUUAUUGUAUGCGAAUUAUUGAAUGAAUCUUUUUUACUAGAGUAACAUGUUGCAAACAGUUUACCGUAUUAUGUUCUAAUAUGAUCA